UGUCACAGUAUCUCAACAAAAGGCAGAAUACGUCAUUCUCACGAGUUGUUUAUAUACUGUGCAGAUCAGCUGUCAGUGUUUAGCACCACUGGCACCGACGUGAUGGCACAUCCCGAGUGGACACGUCUCUUCCCAAAGGACCUUAAACAUGGAGACUGCUGGCGUCUGGAGUUUGAUGAAAGUCUUAAACAUGACUGCCAAAAACCCGGCUGGAAGAAGUGUAUCGUGAGCACCGGUGCAAGGUACAAAUGCACAACGUGUGGAAGAGGCUGGUCUUCUAAUAAAGUGAGGGUUGCCUGCCACAUGCGCCUGUCAAGCGGGCAGGGCGUUGUCAAGGUGAGGCCCUUCUGUCAGAACUGCAAGAAGUGCGGCGACGCUCCAAUGGAGAAGCCAAGCAUCGACUCAGAGAACAUCAAAAUCCUCAUGAAGAAUCUUGUGGAGAAAAUACGAAUAAAAUGCUACAAUGAAGACGUGGGCAAAAGGAGCAAGCCUUUCAGAAGGUUUGAUGGUCAAAGUCCCCAUGAGCCUGCUCAUUGUGAGGCCUGUAUGCAAGGUGUUUGUCCAAGGAGUCAGCCUUUUUAAUAAUAAAAAUAAAAAAGAUGUGCAUAUAAAUAUUUGUGUUUCAGGCUGUAGAGAGUUUUGCUGAUGUUGUAUGCCUAAGCUUAUAUUGAAUAAGCAUCAGUUGACUUUGAAUAAGCACCAGUUGACUUCACCUCCUGUCAUUCUGUUACAUUGUGUUGCUUCCAUCAUUUUCAUAUGAUAAUACAGUGAAUAUAAGUUUUUAAUGAUUAUUCCUUCUUGUAUUUUCUUAUUUUUUGUAUCUGCUCAAAAGCAUUAACCCUGCCUUCUUAAA